AUGAAGUAUGUUUAAAUGGCUGAUAUUUUUGGGGCACAAUUAAAAUAAGAUAUACAUUCAGAAGAAAAGCUUUAAAAAUCCUUUAUUGGAGGAGUGAUAUCAAUUAUUGUAACUGCAGUUAGUUUAGGGUACUUUAUCUAUGUAAUGGAUUAAUGGAGAAAUUCUAAUAUCCUACCAAAAUCAACAAAUACUAUAAAGGCUGAAAAAUACUCAUCUAUUUAGUUUAGUAAUGAAAAUCUUUUUGAAUUAUGUUAUUGGAAGUACUCAAAUGAAAUCAUUGAUCCUUUUAGAACAACAGAUAAUAUUUUGAUGCCAGUAGGGAUAUAUAUUAUUUCUGGUAUUCCUUAAGAGCCAUUUUCGUUGUUAACCAACAAAACAGCUAUAUCCACUUACAAUAGCAAUUUAAUUUUUGUAGAAGAUCUGAAUGUAAUUUAAAACAGUGAAUUUAAUCCAAAACUAAAUCCAACAAAAGAGUUGAUCAUAAUUAUUACUACAUGCAAGAAAUAAUUGCUAUUGGAAGAUUAAACUUGUGCAAACUAAGAAGAAAUUCAAAAUUUCUUUACUUCUUAAACUAACAUUCUAAGUUUCUGGAUAAAUAUUAAGUAUUUUAAUUCAAAAAACCAAGAUUUUGAUGUUGUAAAGAAGUAAUAUUAUAUAUCAUUUGAAUAAGAGAGAGCACAAUAAAUAUAAGUAAUUGUAAAAUAGUAAAAUACGUAAAUAGAUACAGGAAUAUUAUUUGGAAGUUUCUAAGAAGAAACCUUUAUCUUUGAUGCUUAAUUUUUAAUGAGUACAAUAUCUAUUGACUUUUUCCAUAAAAUGUUAAAUAUGGAAUCAUUUAUAGCUUUUACGAUACGUUUAGAUCCUUUCUCUUAUGAAACAUAAAUAGUUUAUCCUAAAUUAGGAGAAAUUUUAGCAUAAGUUGGAUCAAUCGUUAGUAUUAUAAUGAUGGUAUAAUAUCUAGCAUAAUUUUAUAAUGAAUAUCUCCUAUAAAACUCUCUUAUUGAAUCAGUUUUAAAAAAUCUUAUUUAAAAUUAUGAUUCCAUAAAAAACUCCUAAGACAAAAAAAGUAAAACUAUCUUAACUAAAUUGUAAAAGUUCGCUAAGCAAAAAUUAGUCUUUACUAAUAUGAUAAAUGAACUCUCAAGGAUUGAGUUAUUUUUAUUGAGUUUUUUUGAUAAUAUAGAGAAUGCCUCCUGUUAUAGUGUACCUAGGUCAGUAAAAUCACAUAAUUACAGUUUCUAAUAAAUAAUGAACCUAAGUUGGAAUCAAUGGAAGGUAUUUUUUCCAUAAUUUCAAAUAAUAAUAACAACAAUAUUAUUAAUGACGAAGAAUUUUCAGAUCUUUUCAAAGCAUUUAUCAUUCAUCCAUAAAUAGAAAAGAAAUCAAUGA